UCGGAUAGGGUCGACUGUGACACAAGGGGACAACGUGAAGAGUCUGAACGAGAGGACAAAAGGAUUUACAACUUGUACAUUUAACCGGAGAAGUUUUGUGUGAUUAUAAGUAUUUGUUGGAUUGUCGAGACAUUUGUGCAUUACAGUAAAUUAUGUUCGUCUCUGUGGGUUGUACACUAACGAGGGUAUUGUUGCACCAAAGUACGACGACAUGCAUGUUAACAGCGCAGCCAGCAAACAUUAGGCUCAAUCACUGGUUUCCGUCUUUACUCGCAGUGAAGACCUCUGCUCCUGUAAGAGCAGAGCCCACUAAGAAGAAGAAGAAAGUAGACCCAAAACGAGAUGUGGAAGCCAGAGAACGUCUCAAGAAAAAGCUCAAAAGAAUGGAAAAAGUCCCUACAGAAUUUAUACCUAUUGAAGAUUUUAUUGUACCAUCCAAAUACCUUGAUGAGAUCAGAGUGCGUUCCCCACCGCAGCUGUUGUCAGAGGAGAGCGAGCGCAGGGCGCUGCUGCUGAAGGACUGGGCCCGCUACAAGCAGGCUCAGCACAUGGAAGAGAUGGCAGCUAUUGCCCAGGCUUUGGAUGCACAACAGGAAGCACUGAAGGAGCUGCGGCUGGAGUCAGAGGAGCUGUAUCAGGCUGCCAUCCAACGAGACCCACAGCUUGUCCCUUUCCAAAACCAGGGACCCAGCCACACUCCACCAAUAGCAAACUACCAAGCACCAGAAGGCAAAUAUAAUGAUAUUACCAAGGUUUAUGUGCAAUAAGUAAUAAAAAAUGCAGGGCAGAACUGAA